UCUAACCCUAUUUUCCCUUUCCCCUCUUUUCCCCGAGCCAGAUCCACGAAGCUCCAUUUUCGAAUUUCGAAAAGCGAAGAGGAACGACGCUAGAUUGUUUGUACUUUUUCUUCUUCUUCGAUCUCUUCGAUUCGAUUUCGUACUGGUUUCGAAUUCGAAUCGGGAGCUCGUGAACGAACGAUGGGCGAUUUCAAUCUCGCUCUUGUAAUUGUAGCUAUUGUCGUCUGUGUGAUCGUAUUCAUCUUCAAUGUUUACCUUUUGGUUAAUUACCAACAUCCUGAUGACAAAAAUCAGGCGUAUUUUCCUAAAUUUGUCGUUGUUUUCGGUUUGUCUGUUGCGUUGAUCUCCAUUCUGAUGUUACCAGCCGACGUCGCUAACCGGCAGGCUUGUAAGCAUGCUUUGUAUAAUGGCGCUUGUAAUCUCACAUUGCCGAUGAAGGAUCUAUGGCUCGCUAUCUAUAUUGCCGAUGCGGUGCUUGUCUUCUUCGUUAUUCCUUUUGCCAUGUUCUAUUAUGAAGGAGACCAGGACAAGAGCAUGGGCAAACGGAUCAAGAGCGCUUUGAUAUGGGUCGUGGUAAUGGCCAUUGUCUGUGGUCUUCUGUUGGGAAUUUUAUACGGGCUCGUUGGAGAAGUUGACUUCACAGUUAUGCAUCUCUCUUCAAACACGGCUUCUUUUCCGACUUCGUGGGAGUUCUCUAGCAGCCAACCGUGCAUUGGAAAUGGUGCCCGCCAGUGUUCAGCAUUCACAACAAAUGCUUCAUCAGAGAAAACAUGGACGAUGCGCACUACUUUUCCGGAAUAUGUCGUUGCUCUUGCCACUAUUGUUGGAUCCGUACUCUUCUCUAUAUUUGGAGGUGUUGGUAUUGCCUGUCUGCCAUUGGGCCUUAUUUUCUCAUUUGUUAGGCGUCCAAAGGCUGUCAUCACUCGCUCACAAUACAUCAAGGAAGCAACAGAACUAGGAAAAAAGGCCAGAGAACUGAAGAAAGCCGCUGAUGGACUCCACCAGGAAGAAAGAAGUGGUUCCAAGGGUAGAAAAUGGCGAAAGAAUGUGAAGGCUGUAGAGAAGGAGUUGCUUCAAUUGGAAGAAGAUGUAAAGCUUUUAGAAGAGAUGUACCCGCAAGGAGAAAAGGCGGAGACUGCAUGGGCAUUGACUGUUCUUGGCUACUUGGCAAAACUUGUGUUGGGAGUUUUGGGGUUGAUUGUUUCAGUGGCGUGGGUUGUGCAUAUUGUUAUAUAUCUGCUAAUUGAUCCCCCAUUGUCUCCUUUUCUGAAUGAAGUUUUUAUCAAGCUUGAUGAUGUUUGGGGACUUCUUGGAACUGCAGCAUUUGCAUUCUUCUGCUUCUACCUUCUUCUAGCAGUGAUUGCUGGAGCCAUGAUGCUUGGCCUGAGACUAGUUUUUAUCACAAUUCAUCCGAUGAAGUGGGGAGCCACGCUGAUGAACUCUUUCCUGUUUAAUGUGGGGCUUAUCCUCCUCUGCUCUAUCAGUGUGAUUCAGUUUUGUUCCACGGCAUUUGCAUACUAUGCACGAGCAACUGCGGCACAAGAAAUCUUUGGACACACAUUGCAGUCUCUUCGCGGUAUCAAGUAUUUGUACAAGUAUAAUGUGUUUCAAAUUGCAUUCAUUGCGUUAGCGGGUCUGACUUUCGUGUAUUAUGCUGCCUUUGGAUGGAGAAGAAAGAAGCCUUCUGGCAGGUUCCAGCUUUCCUCGUAAUUGUAUGUCAUGACUCGAAAAAUCAAAAGACUGACGAGGCCAACAAAUUCUCUCUUGUUCAUCAUCCAUUUUAGAUUAAUUUGAUUUGAAGGUCGUGUUUGGCAGAGUUUUUCGUUGUUGAAUCUUGUGAAGCUGGCAGAAAACAUCCAGAGUUGAGUGACUUCAAUAUACAAAUGACAUAGUGAGUGCCGCUGCUUCUUGACUGUUUGUACUUCAAAAGGCUUUUGUAUGUAUUAUUUCUUUGAUUUGUGUUAUACAUUGGCUUAGGCAUGUAAAAUUGAAGGAUGGUUUGGUUGGUUCUUUGCACACUGGAAUAUGGUUUUUAGGAAAUGCCUUUCUUUGUAAUAUAGCCAAUUGAGGAUGCAUAGUUGUAUCGCUUCUUCACUUCAUAUUUAUGCCUUUAUUUUUUCUUU